UACCGGCAGCACCCAUGCCGCAUUACAACCUGUCGCGACUUGGGAGCUAUUCUUCAUAUCUACGCUCAUAAUAUAUGACAGUCACUUAUCUUCGCUAGGUGUCCAACGUCUCAAGAACCUUUAUCAAACCCGGAUGAAGGACCUACUACGCUCAUGCGACUCGCUAGCACAGUCAAACUGGAAUUGACGUCCGUUGCGCACAAGUACUGAGAUCGACUUACCCAUCCAUGCCUGGGCCAUCCAUGUCAGGUCCAUCCUUUUAAAACCAUUAGCGUGAGAUAAGUGUACUACAUCAAAACCUUCUCCUAAACAUUGACAACUCCGAUGAGUGCAUUAGGGGUUAAUCAGUACUUGAACUUCGUCAACAUCAACAUCUAGCAUGCCACGCACAACUCCGAAUCACGACUUCACUGUGUCUGUUGAUGAUGGCCGCACAAUAGACUUGCAUGAUUCAUGGUGUUCCCCUGAGUCUAUGCAAGGACUUGUCUCGAUGAUGGGGUCUGAGGAUGCUGCUCGUCAAUGUGCGCAGGAUUCGUGGGACCAGGCGUGUCAAGCGGAACCGUUUUAUAUCCUUGGUCUCAAACCGUUGCCCAACUCGCUUGACGACGAUGUCCAGGUCCAUCAGUUGUUUCCCGACUAUUCGGUCCGUAUCUGGGGUGUAGGACUCGAGUCCGAGCAUAUGUAUCACUUCGAUUUUGUCGAUCCCCGCACAGGUCAUCCAGUCAAUCUGCCCCCUAAGUGGAAUAUUUUUGUUGCUCCUGGCAUACUUCAGCGUUUGCCGUUUGCACCUAUGAUGGACCUUGUGAUGCCAGUAGGCAUGCCGGUGCCAUCGAUGGAAAGAGAGGGUGGCUUAAAAUUCCGUGAGAUUCUUCCAGGAGAGGAGAAGUAUUUGCGCCCAGAAGGCACGAGACUCCGCGUUGUUUCUCCUGAGGGAUGUGAAGCCUUCUUUGAGAUUCCGGUUCGGGAAUCCAUUCACAUCGAAGCGGGCCAAGUUAACGUUAUCUCGGAAGCCAUAGUAGCCCCGACGUUAUGAAAGAUGCUACUCCCAGGGCAAUGUGGCGUGCCCUACCGUCUUGAUCAAAUACUGUUGAGUUACUGUGUUCAUUAUAAUAAACAACCGGCUGUCGCUAUGUAUGAUACACCCCAGGUAGGAAGCGGUUUUCGGAGGCAAAAGGUUAGCUUUCAGGCUAGGUUUCUAUGUCAUCGGAAACCAGCCUAAAAGGCCCAUGAUUCGCCAAUGUAAUUUUAUGACUGUCUUCAAAUU